AUGUUCAGUGAGCUUUCCCUUAAUUCAUCCGUCAAUAUCACUAGAUUUUUUUCUCGGACUGGUUGUUUUCGGCUGUUAGAAGUUGCCCAUUCCAAAUUCUUGAAGCAAAGGAUCAGGAUCGAUUAUGGCCAGAUAAUAACUCAUCAACACAAGUUCGCAUCCUAUAAUAUGUGGGUAAAAAGCUUCUAUAUCGAUGGUUAUACGCGUGGAGUUUCUUUUUGUAGAGAAGAACUACCUGUUUCAUCUUUGGAUAAUGUCACUGUGCUUUGUAUUGACUUUGUUAGCGAAGAUACAUGCAAUGUCUGUCUUGUAAAGAACUUGGAAAGUCUGAAAAGUGGUGGUCACAAAAUCUAUCAGAUAUUAAACUGCAACAAUUGUAUUAUCUUUUGGAACCGAGACGUCUUAGCAUCGAGAAAUAUGUUUACUAUUGUUACCUCUAUUUGGAACGGUAAUGGGUCUCCGAGUGUCUUUCAAAGACAAAGCGCCACAUCCAGUGUGGUUGCUGCACCAUCAUCGGUGACAGCUUAA